GAACUGAAAACAAUCUUUUGUGUUUUGGGCUUAUUUUUCCUGGUUGCCGUUGGCCUUGUGAAUUUUUUUGUUUUCCGUUGUUUGAGUUCCGUCCGCCAAAAUGGGUAAGGAAAAGACUCACAUUAACCUUGUGGUUAUUGGCCACGUCGAUAGUGGCAAGUCCACCACCACAGGGCACUUGAUCUACAAGCUCGGCGGUAUCGACAAGCGUACGAUCGAGAAGUUCGAGAAGGAAUCUUCGGAAAUGGGCAAGGGUUCCUUCAAGUAUGCGUGGGUUUUGGAUAAGCUGAAGGCCGAGCGUGAGCGUGGUAUCACUAUCGACAUUGCCCUGUGGCAAUUCGAAACCCCGAAGUACCACUACACUGUCAUCGACGCCCCGGGACAUCGUGAUUUCAUCAAGAACAUGAUUACCGGUACCUCCCAGGCCGAUGUUGCGCUUCUCGUCGUCCCUGCUGAGGCUGGUGGUUUCGAGGGUGCUUUCUCCAAGGAAGGUCAAACUCGUGAGCACGCUUUGCUCGCUUUCACCCUCGGUGUCAAGCAGAUGAUUGUUGGCAUCAACAAGAUGGACUCCUGCAACUACUCCGAGGACCGUUUCAACGAAAUCCAAAAGGAAGUUGCCAUGUACCUGAAGAAGGUCGGCUACAACCCCGAGAAGGUCCCCUUCGUUGCCAUCUCCGGUUUCGUUGGUGACAACAUGGUGGAGAAGUCCACCAACAUGAGCUGGUACAAGGGCAAGACCCUCGUCGAGGCUCUCGACACCAUGGAGGCCCCCAAGCGUCCCAGCGACAAGCCCCUCCGUCUGCCCCUGCAGGACGUGUACAAGAUUGGCGGUAUCGGAACUGUCCCCGUCGGCAGAGUUGAGACCGGUAUCCUGAAGGCCGGUAUGGUCCUCACUUUCGCUCCCGUCGGUCUGACCACUGAGUGCAAAUCCGUUGAAAUGCACCACGAAGUCAUGGAGCAGGCUGUGCCCGGUGACAAUGUUGGUUUCAACGUGAAGAACGUUUCCGUCAAGGAGCUGAAGAGAGGCUACGUCGCGUCCGACUCGAAGAACGAUCCCGCAAAGGGCUGCGCCACCUUCUUGGCUCAGGUCAUCGUCCUGAACCACCCUGGUGAGAUCAAGAACGGUUACUCCCCCGUUAUCGAUUGCCACACUGCCCACAUUGCCUGCAAGUUCGCUGAGAUCAAAACCAAGAUGGACAAGCGUUCUGGAAAGACCCUCGAAGAGGCCCCGAAAUGCAUCAAGUCUGGUGAUGCUGCCAUGGUGAACAUGGAGCCCUCCAAGCCCAUGGUUGUCGAGGCGUUCACUGACUACCCCCCCCUUGGUCGUUUCGCCGUCCGUGACAUGAAGCAGACAGUCGCCGUCGGUGUCAUUAAGUCGGUUGAGAAAAAGGAGCCUGGUGCUGGCAGCAAGGUCACCAAGUCCGCUGUCAAGGCCGCCAAGAAAUGAGCUGUUAUUGGAACAAAUCUACCGCUUCGGUGAUGAAAGGUAGCCUAUGUUGCAUCGGCCUGUUGUUUUCGUGACAUGCUUUUGGUCGUUCUUCAACUCCUUGGCUUCUUUUGUCAGGCCGGCGUUGUCGCGUUCAAUCUGUCAUUGAUCUUGCUUGUUUGUUUCCAAACUCAAGCUUUCGCUCCCCUACCGUAGCAAAACUCUUCCCCUAACGCUGCGCUACUGACUCGGCCACUUGUCGCCCACUGCGGGAAGGUGUAUCGAUUUAUGUAGGGGUGGUUGAGUCACAGUUCCACAGAUUUGGGAGUAUGUUGACUUCCCUCAUUUUAUUUACGCCUUCGUGGUAUUUCACAGGGCGCUGAAGUAGCGCAUCUUAGUCUGUUCACGAAAUGUGCAAAAAACAAGGCAACAAUGCCUCCCAACUUCCGGAUCACGUUCUUGUAUUUGGUAUCCUGUAACCGCCUUAAACAACC